CACAUCAAAGCUCAGUUCAGAAGAAAUUUUAGAACUUCUUUUGAAUGGUGACGUGUCAGAUCUUGAGAUUAGUGAGGAGGAGGAUGGUGAUUUUGAUCUGGCAGAUGAUGCUGUGCAACAAUCGAAUGUUCCUUCCCCAAGUGAACAGAGUAGCAGCUGUACUGAUAAUUCUGAUGAUGACGAGAGUUCUUCGCAGAAUCGCAGGAUGUUUUGGGAGAAAUGCGAAAGGUUUGAGGGACUCCAGGUUACCUUCUCGCCCACGGAAGUUGCAGAACAUAAUGAGAAGCAGAUCAUGGACUACUUUCAGCAAUACUUUGACUUGGCCUUUUUUAAGGAUACUUCUGAACUUGCCAAUAUGAGAUAUUUACAACAGACUGGAAGGUCUUUAAAGCUGUCUGCCAAGGAAUUGCGGGUAUUUAUUGGAGCAACAAUACUAAUGUCUUGUUUGGGACACCCUAAGAGUUAGGAUGUACUGGGGUAAAACAACAAGAGUUAUUAGCAUUACUGAAAUUAUGAUUCGAGACCGAUACUUCACCAUUAGAAGUAAUUUGAAGGUGACAGACGAUAAUGCUGUAACAGAGGAAACUAGAAGGACAGAUAAGUUGUGGAAAAUAAGGCCACUUUUAGAACGUGUAAAGACAGCAUGCCUCAGUUUACCUCGAUCUCCUGAAGUGGCAGUGGAUGAACAAAUGAUCCCGUUUACUGGAGCAUGUGCAAUAAAACAAUUUGUCAGGGGAAAGCCAAAUCCUGAAGGGCUUAAAAAUUUUGUGUUGGCUGCUCCUUCAGGACUAGUCCUUGACUUUGAGAUUUAUCAGGGUAAAGGAACAUUCCCAGAAGCUAUUGGUCAACAAUUAAAACAAGAAAUAGGGGCCUCAGCAGUCCUCAGGCUUUGCCAGAGCCUUCCAGAAGGAACACAUGUGUUCUUUGAUAGGUAUUUUACCUCUGUUCCGUUACUGGAAUCAUUGGCUGAAAAAAACCUGCCUGCCACUGGAACAAUCAUGAAAUCAAGAAUACCCAGAGCAGUCCAUCUGACAGCAGACAAGAUUCUUGCAAAUCAAGGACGUGGGUCUGUUGACCAGACAGUGAGAAAAGACAAACUCAUUUCUAUUGUAAAAUGGUAUGACCAAAAGCCAGUCAUAACUGCAUCGACGAAGGUUGGGAAGAACCCUAUGGAUCAAUGUAAAAGGUGGUCGAAAAAAGAUCGGAGAUACAUUCAGGUUCCCCGUCCAGCAGUAAUCAGCUGCUACAAUAAAAAUAUGGGUGGCAUAGACCUGAUUGACAGAAUGAUGAGUUUUUACAGGAUCUGCACCAGAAUCAAAAAGUGGACCGUAAAAACUAUUUUUCACUUCAUAGAUCUGGGAAUUGCAAAUAGCUGGAUUCAGUACAGAAGUGACAGAAUUAAGAACGAUGAGCCAAAGAAGAAUAUCCUGCAGUACCUUGAUUUCAAAAUUAGAAUUGCUGAGCAUUUGUUAAGGGGCCAAGAGGAACAACAUUCUGAUGAAGAUGAUGAGGAGUCAACUCCUAAAAGGCGAAGAUUACUGCCGCCACAAUCACCUUCACCUUCUGUAACCCAUUUACCAGAAAUGACAGGGUUGAAAAAUAGCAUGAGGUGUAAGAACAGUGGCUGCACAAAGAAAACCAAAAUAAGGUGCAAAGGUUGUUCAGUUUUCCUCUGUCUGACAUCACAGAAAAACUGUUUCUCUGAGUAUCAUCAGAAAUAAAACUGUCAAAAUUUGUCAUUUAUUUUACUUUUUAAAUUUAUAUUAAUUAUUUUAAA